AUGCACGCGAGUACCUUCCCAUCAUUUAUUACCGACCACCGGCCCGCCACCACCCUCGGCUCUCCAGCUGUCUACCAACACACUGUGCUCCCGCAGAUCCAGCAAUUGCAUUCACCACAAACCAAGACACUGGCUCGUCCAGGUCGAGCGCCCGCCAAGCUGCCCGCAGAGCACGCUGUGGCGGGCGACUGCAUCCACUCUGGCAUGUCAAGCGACGACGACGAGGGCACGACCCAUCGCAACACGUUUGCAAGUACCGGUACCGUGUACUCGCCGUUUCGCAACUUGGAUGAGGGCGAUAGUGAAGCUGUCAGCGGCAUCGCAGCUAUGAGCCUCAGCUUUAUCAUCAACGGGGAGAUGAAGCAGACCACCGAGGUGGAUGACGAUGACGGCAGCAGCAGCGCCGGUGGAAGCUCACGCGGCGGCUUCGACCUCUCGUCUAUGCUCAACACAGUGUGCGCCAAGACCGAUUGCUAUCGUACCAUUCGCGGACCGAGCGGCACGUUCUGCAAGUACCACAAGCAAAGUAGGUUCUGCCGCGCCGACGCUUGCGAGAAGAGCGCCAAAACCGGUGGCUUCUGCAUCUCACACGGAGGCGGCAAGCGCUGCGCACAUCCAGACUGCAACAAGAGCGCCAAACAAGGUGGACUAUGCAUUUCACACGGUGGUGGCAAGCGAUGCAGCGAAGCAGAUUGUACCAAAUCGGCACUUGUCGGCGGCUUUUGCUCAGCCCACGGUGGAGGCCGCAAAUGCCAGAUGCCGGGUUGCACCAAGACAGCACUACUGGGAGGACUGUGCAUCGCACACGGCGGCGGCAAGCGCUGUCAGGUCACAGGUUGCUCCAAGAGUGCCGUGGGUGGCACACUGUGUGUCUCGCACGGCGGCGGCAAACGCUGCCAAGCGGAGGGUUGCAACAAAGGUGCCGUGCGCAACGGGGUAUGCAUUCGUCACGGUGCGAAGCGCGACCAGCCGUUGGUGUCGCCCUAA